AUGACUAACAUCCUGGCACGUGUCACUGUUUUAUCUGCAUUAGCAAAUCAAUUUCGUUUACACAAACUUAAUAAAGUUGAAAAGUUUGUGAUGUCGUAUGGUGGCUUGCGUGGUGCUGUAGCAUUUGCUCUUGUACUUCUCAUAGAUGAUGAACACAUUCCUUUGCAACCUAUGUUUGUAACAACAACCAUCACAGUUAUAUAUUUCACCGUCUUCUUUCAGGGAAUAACCAUUAAGCCACUGGUCAAAUUAUUAAAUGUUAAGCGAGCUGAGAAGAGAAAGCCAACUAUGAACGAAAGAAUUCAUGAAAGGAUAAUUGAUCACAUAAUGGCAGGAAUAGAAGAUAUUUUAGGAAAACAUGGGAACUAUCAUGUUCGAGAUAAAUUUAAAAGGUUUGACAAUAAGUACAUCCGACCUUAUCUUGUAAGAAGUUACUAUGGAGCAGAACCCAAAAUUCUAGAAACGUAUUCAAAAUUGACGAUGAAAGAUGCAAUCAAAUACAUUCAAAGAAACGCUUCAUCAAUUAGUAAUGUUAAUGGAAUGGAUAAUACGUCAACAAUAUUAAGAAGUCCAAGUAAAACAGAAGAGAUAAACACAAGCUCUAGCUUUUUUCAAAUUGAAUCGGGAUGGAAUAUUGAUUUUCAAGAACUAGAAUAUAAUCCAUCAAAAAAAGAUCUAACGGAUGCAAAAAUACAUCAUCUUAUUGCUGAAGAACUCUGCAAACCAUAUAAGCGGCAUCGAAGAUUAAGUUAUAGUCGUCAUGCAGUGAAUGAUAAGGAUCUUAAUACUCAAGUUAAUUACAAAAUGCACAUGAAUAUUCGACGGUUUGUGGGUGAGCCUAAACAUCGCAAUAAACGGAGUAAAAAGUCUUUUAAGAUGUUACGAUAA